AUGACCAACGGAACCAAGCGGAAUCCCCUCCCCCACGGUGUCUACGUUCCCACCGUAGCAUUUUUCAAGCCCGACGAAGAGGUCGACCUCGCAACAGUCGAGAAGCACGCCACUUAUCUCGCCCGUAGCGGGGUAACCGGCCUAGUAACCCAGGGCAGCAAUGGUGAAGCCGUGCAUCUAGACCGCGAAGAGCGCAGGGCCAUCACAGCCGCGACUCGUCGCGCCGUCGACGCAGCGGGCUAUACCAAUAUGCCAGUGAUUGCCGGCACCGGUGCCGCCUCAACACGUGAAACCAUCCAACUUUGCCAGGACUCCGGUGCAGCAGGCGCGGAUGCAGUGCUCGUGCUCCCGCCAAGCUACUACAGGGCACUUGUGAGCGCCGAGUCCAUGCGCGCCCACUUCCGAGCUGUGGCCGAUGCCUCGCCCGUCCCUGUGCUCAUCUACAACUUCCCCAGCGUACAGUCUGGUCUCGAUCUCAGCUCAGAUGAUAUCCUGGCCCUUGCGGAACACCCCAAUAUUAUCGGGUGCAAGCUCACUUGCGGCAACACGGGUAAGUUGGCUCGUGUUGCGGCGGCGAAGCCGCAUUUCUUGACUUUUGGUGGCUCGGCCGAUUUCACGCUGCAGACGCUGAUUGCUGGUGGGGCGGGUAUUAUCGGUGGGCUUGCUAAUAUGAUUCCUCGCUCGUGUGUGCGGGUUAUGGAGUUGUAUCGGGCUGGGAAGGUUCAGGAGGCGCAGAAGGUCCAGGCUAUUGUUGCGCGCGCAGACUGGGCUGCUAUCCAUGGUGGCUUUAUUGCUGUUAAGAGUGGAUUGCAAUCCUACCGUGGGUACGGGGGUCUUCCUCGACGACCCUGUGUCGUACCCUCUACUGAGGCUGCGGCAGCCAUCGAAGAAGAGUUCCGUGAGGGGAUGGAGCUUGAAAAGUCGUUAGAGACAGUCUAA